AGUGGGGAUGCAGCUGCUUGGUAAAAGCAGUAUGAAUGUGAAUUUACUUGCUUAGUCUUGUUUAACAAGUGCCCAAGUAACAUGAUUGUUUUUAAUUUUUCGAAAAUCUUUACUAUUUACAAUUUGACAUUUUAAGGAAUCAUCUAUCAACAAGAUUGGUUACAUGACUCAGGAUAUCGAAACUAUCUUUUAAAAUGAAGUUAUUUAUUUUAUUAUUCUCUUACUACUAUUUGGCGGAUGCUCAGUGUUUAUCGACGAAUGACAACCCAGUUAUCACUAAUUAUGAUGCAAGGAAUUUACUUAUCGAUGGACGUUUUCAAUUUUCUUUAAAUGUUUUAAAAAUAAUAGCAAAUAUAAGUGAAGGUGAAAAUUUUUUCUUCAGUCCAAUCAGUUUACACGAAGCCUUUACUCUUGUCUACUUUGGUUCUCGAGGAAAUACAGAAAAAUUACUGAAACAAGCUCUAGUUAUUCCGGAACAUUUGUCCAAGGUCGAUGUACAGAGAUUUUUUUCUUUUGACAGUAAUGAUAAUCGCAAGCAGGUGGAAACCUCAUCUGCGCAGUUACCUAAUGUAGAAUAUAGCGUAGCAAAUCGAUUAUGGAUAAAAAUCAAUGCGAAUAUUAGAAUGUGUAUGUCUGAUAUUUUUAAUCACGAAAUUAAGAAAAUUGAUUUUCGAUCUAAUCCUGAGUCAGCAAGAAAUGAAAUCAAUCAUUGGAUUAAGAAUAUAACUAAAGGAAACAUACCAGAAUUACUGCCUUUUCAAUCUAUUACCGAAGACACUGAUCUUGUUCUGACGAAUGCUGUAUAUUUCAAAGGAUUAUGGAAAAAUCGUUUUAAUUCUGAAAAUACCAAGAGAGAUAUUUUUUACCCGUCUGAAAAUAACGCAACUUUCGCAAAUUUCAUGCGUCAAAAGGGAACAUUUAAUCACACUAUUUCAGAGGUUCUCGGUGCCCAUGUACUUCAGUUACCAUACACAGAUGAAAAUAUUUCCAUGUUUAUUUUUUUACCGCCAUUUGCUGCUGCCAGUGGCAUUAAAGCACAAGAUGGACUUGUUCAGUUAAUUGAGAAAAUGACUACAUCGCGAGAUGGCUUGGCAGAAUUACACGAAAUUCUAGACGGAGGAAUGCAGGCAAAAUCAGUGGAUGUUCAAAUACCUAAAUUUAGUUUCGAAGAAGAGUUGCCUAUGGUGCCGCUAGCUCAAAAUUUAGGUAUUAGUGAGAUUUUAGUGCCAGGUGCUGCUAACUUGUUAGGUUUUGUAGAGGAUGGAGAAGAAAGUUUACACAUUGGAGAUGCUGUACACCAUGCUAAAAUAGAGAUUACCGAAGAGGGUACUACUGCUACUGCAGCUACAGCUCUCUUCAGCUUCAGAUCAAGUAGACCUACGGGGCCAGUAGUUUUUCAUGCCAAUCAUCCAUUUUUAUAUAUAAUAUACAAUCAUUCAUCUCGUAAUAUUCUAUUCAGUGGAAUUUUCAGUAAACCAAGUAAAUAAAAAACAGUUUAUCUAUUAAAAAUUUUAAACUAUAUAAUGAAAGAAUAUAAAAGGAACUAUGUAAAUAUCUUUCAUAUACAGUAUUCCAAGUAGAUAAUUCCAAACAGUACGUAAUACCCUACUAAAAAUCCCUGUAUAAGAUCUUGUACAAGAAAAUGCACACGUUCAGCAGCUGAACUUGUACAAGUUCUGGUAAGAACAUGUACAAUUUCUUGUACCAGGAUUUGGAACAAGUUCUUGUAUUAGAACUUGUACAAGAAAAUGUACGAGUACUUGUACAAGAAAAUAAACUUGUACAAGAAAAUGUACAAGAACUUGUAAAAGUUCAAGUACAAGUAUUUGUACAUGAACACGUUCAUGUUCUUGCACAAGUAUAUUUAUAAAUAAUUUUUUUUUAGAAAAUUGGAUUAAGUAAAUUAAUAAAUAAAUUUUUUUUUUAAAUUGGCAUUUUAAUAACUUAUAAGCAUUAAGACUCUCCACUUUAGGCAAGCCAAAAACUAUUGCGCAGCUCUAAAAGCUUAUAAAAACUACUGCGCAGCCUUUAAUGUUUUUAAUUUUUACAACUUAAAAAUAAUGUUUAAAGAAAAUGUACA